AUGGAAAGGAUCCCGAAGAACCAGGAUCCCCAACCCAAAGAGACCAAUGAUCUAAACUUCUCAAACAAAACAGCUAUAUCUGAUGAAAUAAUGAAAGUGUUACUUCCUCAAGGCAUCAAGGUGUCGAUGAUCGUAAGUUAUGAUGGAACUUCAGAUCUGAUGGAGCAUCUUAAAAACUUCAAGACCAUGAUGUUACUCCAUGGAGCCCUUGAUCCAAUCAUGUGCAGAGCCUUCACUGUUACUCUUACAUCCAGUGCCAAAGCUUGGUUCGAUCGUCUGGAACUGAGGUCAAUGAAACACUUCACUGAAUUGGGAAAGAUUUUCGUUGGAAACUUCUUGAGCAGCAAAAAUCAUAAGAAAAGUGCAGUAAGCUUGUCGGCGGUCAAGCAACGGAAAGAAGAAUCCCCCCGUUCUUAUCUGAUGCGUUUCAACAAGGGUGGAGAUGUGAAGAUAGCUUUUACAAGAGUCACAAACAUCUCGCACUGCAACUACUAUUAUAUACUGUUAAAUAUCAAACAAAUUGGUGAGGAGCUUGCAAGGACCUUAGCAGCUAGAGUUGGAUGGAAGGUGUAUGGCAUAGCUCGUAAAGCUGAUGAACUCCAAAUUCCAAGUUCUAACUAUCAGUUCAUCUCAUGUGACCUCUUAGACCCAAUUCAAACUAUAGAGAAGGUCUCUUUGCUUGAAGAUGUAACUCAUGUGUAUUGGAUCAGUUGGGCAAGCCAAUACCCAUUGGAUUCCCCUGAGUGUUGUGAACAGAACAAAGCUAUGAUGUCCAAUGCUUUGAAUGCUAUUCUUCCUAAAGCCAAAGCAUUGAAACAUGUCUCUCUUCAAACUGGAGGUAAGCACUAUCUCUCUCUUACUAGACCUUCUAAUAGUAAACCAAUUCUUUACUAUGAAGAUAGCCCAAGAGUUGAUCAAGGUCACAUCUUAUACUACAUUCUUGAGGAUUUGUUGAUGGAGAAACUAGAAGGGAAGGUGGCUUGGUCUGUUCACAGACCAGGAUUGCUUAUUGGGAUUUCUAAUAGAACUUAUUAUAACUUCAUAGGUGGGCUUUGUGUCUAUGCUUCAAUAUGUAAAUAUCUUAACCUUCCCUUCUUAUUUGGAGGUUCAAAAGAGUGUUGGGAAGAAGUUUAUAUCGAUGGUGCAGAUGCAAGGCUUGUUGCUGAACAACAUAUUUGGGCAUCAACAAAUGAAAAUAUCUCAUCUACUAAAGGUCAAGCAUUUAAUGUCACGAAUGGUCCAAGCUUCACUUGGAAGGAAAUCUGGCCUGCAAUUGGAAUCAAAUUUGGAGUGAAAUUGAUUGAAGAAGAAAUGUUUUCACCGGAUUUACGGUUUUCAGAAUUCAUGGCUGAUAAGGGAAGUAUAUGGGAAGAGAUUGUGAAGAAGGGAGGCCUGAGACAAACCAAGAUGGAAGAUCUAGCUAAUUGGCCUUUUAUGGAUAUCUUAUUCAGAUGCUCACACAAGAUUUUGCUGUCACCAGAAAAGGCUAAUAAGCUUGGCUUCACGAUGAUGUCCAAAAUAUAG